GGGGUGUGUGUGUCUGGAGAAAGGGGCUAAUCGAGCUGGGAUCGUCUCCGUUUGUUGAAUGCCGCGUCCGUCUCAUCUAGCAGUCGCUGGAAUCGCGCAGCUCCCCCCGUGCUGCAGAGCGUGUCGCGGACUUUGAGCGGAGAGAGCUGCCGGUGCCGCUGCAGCCACGCGGCCGGCUCCUCCGGGUUGCUCCGGUCGCUUCGCGCCGCCUUGCCCUGGAACGCGUUCAUUUCACUUUUCGAAGCAAUACGCUGGAGUACCGCUACCGUGCCCCCAGCGCUUUGCGGUCGCGAAAGGUCACCAGAGUGUUGUACCCGGACCAGCAGGACGUUGAUGGCGUUCCUGCAGAGCAACGGUGACUACUGCCGUGCCCAACAUCCUCACUCCUGAGUCAGGGGAGUAUGACCGUCCUGCACUGACACCCCUGGAGGCACCCGCCGCCCCGCCACUCAGAGACCGCCCUCUCCGAACAUGCCAAUGGGGUAACUUUCACUGGACUAGGCCAGUGCUAGCCACCUGAGAGCGAGCCCUUCCUCUGACCCAGCUGUGAACAGGGAUUUAAGAGAGGACCAGGGUGUUAACGACAGAAGAAGUCUGCUGCACUUUCAUUCAUUGGAGGGGGGGUUGGAAAAGACUGAAAGGAGGCUGACUUUGGCGUGGGGUGAACCCGAGCCGCGAGCAACCCAAGAUUUUCUGGGGUUCCGGGUUCUCUUUUGGGGCUGGUUCUACUGGUGUGUGAUUUUCCCCCCCUUCUCGGUGUGAGUGGACACACUCACGUACCCCCCACCAUGGCCCGGAUGAACCGGCCUGCUCCUGUGGAGGUGUGCUACAAGAACAUGCGCUUCCUCAUUACGCACAACCCCACCAACUCCACCCUCAGCACCUUCAUUGAGGACCUGAAGAAGUACGGAGCCACGACGGUGGUGAGGGUGUGUGAAAUCACCUACGACAAGACCCCGCUGGAGAAGGACGGGAUCACGGUGGUGGACUGGCCGUUCGAUGAUGGUGCACCCCCUCCCACCAAGAUUGUGGAGGACUGGCUCAGCCUGCUGAAGAGCAAGUUCUGCGACGACCCAGGCAGCUGCGUGGCUGUGCACUGCGUGGCAGGGCUAGGCCGGGCUCCCGUGCUGGUGGCGUUGGCGCUCAUCGAGAGCGGGAUGAAGUACGAGGAUGCCAUUCAGUUCAUCAGGCAGAAGCGCCGGGGGGCGAUCAACAGCAAGCAGCUGACCUACCUGGAGAAGUACCGUCCGAAACAGCGGCUGCGCUACAAAGACCCGCACCACCUCAAGAACAAGUGCUGUAUCAUGUGACUGCCUCAGCGCCCACGGACUGAACAUGUCGGUUAAUUUGGGCGAAUGGACCCACCACAACCCCCCUCCCACCAUGACGCGCGUUGUCCCCAGCGCGCAUUUUGUCCUGCCUUUUGUCACGCUGAACAGGCCACCCCAUCCCCCCUGGUUUGGGAGCGUUUAGCCCUCAUUGUGUGAAUUAGCCGUGAUCGCUGGCCGGGAGGUGACCUGGACAGCCGUGCAUCAUUGAGGCAUCUCCAGAGCCCUGACCCUGCCUGCGUCUGCCUGACAGUGCCCUCUAGAGGACGGUCACCCCACCUGUGCCACGGAGCAGCUAUCCACAGAGACAGCCAACACGGACUCGAGUGAAACUGUGGGACAUUCCUACCUUUCUGUUCUCUUUUUUUGUCAUCUGUGUGUUUUUGCUCUUUGUCUCGGCCUCAGGAUCGCGCAGUAUCUAUCCAUGAACUUUUUUUGCACCACAGCACAGGACUCCUCUGUCUCCAGUUUUCUGUAUCCCAGAACAUUUUGUAGUUGAACCCCUUCCUCAUGGGAGUGGGGUAGUGAUCACCAGGGACAGUGGAGGCAGAUGGGGGCAUGGGUGGAGUGUGCAUUUCUAGUGAAUUUUUCUCACAUCUUUCUUGUGAAGUACUCCAGGAUCAGGAUAGCGUUCUCAGUGUGGCUUGCACAUUAGGUAGGAUGGUUUCGGGGCGGGGACGUGUGUUUUGGCACACACAGGACAGGCACAGAGCCACAAAGCUGUCCUGACAUCACUAUGACACCCCUGUUGUCUGUGUCAAUGUGGUUUAGUUGUCACCUGUGACCAGGUACUGACUGAGACGGGAGGGUCUUAGAUUGCUUUUUCUCUACAUUGGAAGCAAGCCACUACAGAUAUAAGAAAUUAA